AUGGCGGCGUCUCACCUCGUCUGGUUGGUUACCGUGAUUGUGGUGCGUUUUUCGGUUCCGAGCGAGUCGGUGGUGUUGGCCAAAGCGCAGUUGAAAGAAUGCGCCAACGACGGUACCGGAGACGAGCAGUGCACGUCGAGGGGCGUCAUUGUAACGAUAGCCAUUCACAACGAACAGAAUAGAACAGAGAGGCUGUACGCUACAGUGAAUGCCGUCAAAGACCCGGCAACGGGUCAACUGCUACAAGUUGCGAAACCGUUCCAAGUUAUUCUCAGCAAGUCGAAAGUGCUCAUCCACUACCCGGUCUUCAAUUUGCGUAAGAUGGUGAAUAGCAAACCGUGGGAGAAACACAUAAAGACUGGUAGCUGUGAUGAUGAGUGGAAGAGAAGCAAGGUAACUUGCGGAUACCAAAGACUGAAGACUGGCGCGAGGAUUAUGUACUCUCAAGGCUAUUGCUGUCGUUGUUACUGGAAAGGAGUCUUCGGUCGUACUACCAAGCGUGGACACUACUUACGCAAUCCCGACGUGGUGUGCGACUUCUGGACGAAACAAAAGUCAGCUUUCUGCAUGCGCUUUGACCAACUCUGGUAUGGCGUGUAUGAAGUUCUCACGCCCUCACUUGUUUUUGACAUCACAGUAGAGAUACUGAAGAGGGGCAGAAAUAUGUGGCAUGGUAAGACAGAGCAUGCCACGUGGAAUAAAGUCUCCACCUUUCAGAUCAGUCCAUCGGUUCCUGCAUUGACCAGUCCAGAUGGAAAAGUUCGAGCCAAAUGGAUUGGAGACUUGGACAUUCCUGAAAAACUCCACGAUUUGUCUCAGAAGUUUCUACUCAUUCCCAGUGAUCAGACUUAUGGGGAGGCGGAUCACACGGAUACCAUUAAUAAUGUCACAUAUACGAGUAGUGCUCAUUUUAAAGCUAUGCAAGACGCUGGGUCUAAAGAGUGGCUGUUUAUUGACAAAUCAAUGUUUGACUUCACUGGCAGCAAGUGCAACAAGAUCGGUGUCUCUUAUGAGGCAUUCAAAUUUCAAGAAAACCGAUGCUAUGAUAAGAAAGGAAGGCAAGAUUUUGAUGAUUGAAAGGCAUUUGUGCAUUGUAAUUUACAUCUUGGUCCAGCUGUUUUCGAAAUCAGCCGUAUCACUUGUGGGCGGAGGACAAGCAACGUGUGGACAAGGAUAUUUCUCCCAGAUAUUUUCCUUCAGGUUUUGGUCCAUUCUUGUCAGAAGAAGUGACAAAUGAGAAACCUCUGCUGCAGUACUACCUUGACCGCACACACAACAGCAUCGUCAAUCUAUGGCUAGAUGCUGAUGACGUCACAUUUAUCUA